CUGAAAGAGAAUGUGUUGGAGAUGGUGUAUUCUGAUGUAUGUGGACCCAUGGAAGUGGAGAGUCUCGGUGGUAGCAGAUAUUUCAUGACGUUUAUUGAUGAUGCUUCAAGAAAAUUGUGGGUGUAUUUCUUGAGAACGAAGAGUGAAGUUUUUCAAUAUUUCAAAAGGUUUCAUGCUAUGGUGGAGAGACAGGCUGGUAAACAUUUGAAGUGUCUUCGCUCAGAUAAUGGGGGGGAGUAUAUUUCCCAUGAAUUCAAGAAUUAUUGUGCCGAGCAUGGCAUCAGGCAUGAGAAGACUGUACCUGGAACCCCACAACAUAAUGGUGUGGCUGAAAGAAUCAACAGAACCAUUAUGGAGAAAGUGAGGUGUAUGUUAAGAAUGGCUAAGCUACCUAAGCCAUUCUGGGGUGAAGCUGUUCUAACGGCGUGCUACCUGAUCAACCGAUCUCCAUCU